AUGCCGCCGCCGCCCAGCGUCACUGCGGCGCACGACCCGGCCGCCGCCGCCACCACCGCCACCACAACGCGCCGCCGCAAGGACCACGCCGCCAAGGUCCACCUGGCGCUGGGCGGAGGAGGCGCGGGGGCGAAGGAGAUGGGCGCCGCGGCGGAGGGGUGGGCGCGGCGGCCCGAGUGGUGCUCGGCGGCGGGCGUCGCGGCCGUGCUGCGGUGGCACCCGGCGCCCGCGCUCUUCGGGUGCGGCCUCCUGCUCUUCAUGGCCGUCGAGUACACCAUCCCCAUGGUCAGGCCGGACUCCCCGCCGCUCGACCUGGGCUUCCUCGCCACCAGGGGCAUGCACGCCGCCGUCGCCGCCACGCCCUGGCUCAACUCGCUCCUCGCCGCGCUCAACACGCUGCCGCUUCCCGAGGAGUUCGUGCUGGGCUCCGGGAUGGACUUCCCGAGGAGUUCCUGGGCAACGAUGGACUUCCCCGUGGGCAACUUCUUCUUCCUCUUCUUCUCGGGCCACGUCGCGGGCGCGGUGAUCGCGGCCGCCGACAUGCGCCGCGAGGGGCGGAUGGCGCUGGCGCGCCUCUACGACGCGCUCAACGUGCUCCAGGCGGUCAGGCUGCUCGCGUGCAGGGGCCACUACACCAUCGACCUGGCUGUCGGCGUCGGGGCCGGGAUCCUCUUCGACACGGUGUCCGGGUGGUACUUCGACGCCAAGAACGGCGACGGCAAGAACGCGCCCGAGAAGCACUGCCGUAGCUGCCAGUGCCACAAGGCUCUCCUCUCACACUAG